AUGUCCUGGGUUUUCGCGGGCGUUCGCAAGAGCGUCGCCAGCAAGUACAGCGAAGACGACGAUACUCCGCCGCGGUCGAGGAAACCCGGCCCGUCGUCCGAGGAAUUGCGAGAGAAGUACGGCAAGGCCUCGAGGGAGGAGAUGGAGGGCGGUCGCCACGAAUCGGACACGGACUCCGGGGAGGAUGUCGAGCGAAAGCGGGAGGCGCCGCAGACUCCGAAAUCCCCGAGCAAGAUGUUCACGAAUCUGUCGUACAACAAACUCACCAAGGGCAUCGUGAACUACAAGUUCCGCAGGAACAAGCAACGGAUGCCGCGCAAGGCGGGAGUCUACUAUCACCCCGACGGCUCCGAGUACGACAACCGAAUGCGUUGGUACAGCAUCAACCCGUACGGAAACUUCCGCAAGAACUGGGACCUGGCGCAGGCGAUCAUCCUGGUGUUCGUCUCCAUCACCGUCCCGUUCCGCGUCGGUCUGAAGCAGCCCGCGGAGGGUCCGUCCUACUGGGUCGAGCUCCUCAUCGACCUUUACUUUUGGUUCGACAUCGCCUUCAACUUUUGCACCGGCUACGAGGCUGAGGAGGAGGAGGGCGUCAUCGUCUACCACCCGAAGCUGAUCCGCGCGCACUACUUCAAGACCUGGUUCACGAUCGAUCUGUUGGCGUGCCUCCCCGUGGACCUGGCGCUGAGGGCGACGGAGGGUACGCUGAAGUGUUCCAUGGAGGUUGACGGGUGCGACGCCCGCGAGGAGGACGGCACCGGGCAGCUCUUCAAGCUCUUCAAGCUCCUCCGCCUCUUUCGCCUGGUCAAGCUGCUGCGGCUGUUCAAGAUCAUGCGGCUGUUCGAACGGUACCAGGACGACCUGUUCAAGUACAUGCACAUCAUCAGCGUGGCCAAGCUGGUGGUGUUCAUGCUCUACCUCGGCCACCUCUUUGGCUGCUUCUUCCACUACUUCUCCGUGUCCGAGUGGCGCACCGCGGAGGAGAACGCGCAGGUGGCGGACGGCACGUUGGAACCCUGGCUCAAGUCGUACUUCGGCGACGAUCAUCCGACGGGACGGGAGGUGUGGGACAGGUACAUCGCCAGCAUAUACUGGGCGUUCACCACCAUGACCACGGUUGGGUACGGAGAUAUCAGCGCCACCACCCGCGUGGAGCGAGUCAUCGCGUGUUUCGGGAUGAUCGUCGGAGGGUUCGUCUUCUCGGGAGUGAUCGCGACGAUGGCUGACGUGAUGGCCAACGCGAACCCGAGCAAGAAGGCGCACUCGGAGAAGAUGGACAAGGUGUCCGCGUUCGUCAGGGACAACAACCUGCCGAGGGAGUUUCUGAAGGAUGUGCUCGGAUUUUUCCGGAAGCAGAGUACGCAUCCGUACGAUCAGCAGCAGAUCCUGAUGGAGCUCCCGUACAACCUCCGGCGCAAGCUGCUGAUGCACCAGUACGGUCACAUAAUCUAUAAGGUGCCGCUCUUCGACGUCGACGGCGACGGGAGCCUCGACGACCACGUCUUCGUCACCGAGCUGUGCAUGCGAAUGACGCUUGUGUCCUUCAUGAACGAGCAGAUGAUCUAUCAGAUGGGCGAGAUCGGCCGGCACAUGUUCAUAAUAUCCAGCGGCAAGGUGGAAGUCCUGGACAACGCGAGAAAGGACGUGAUGUGCGUGCUCGAGGCUGGAGCGUACUUUGGCGAGGGAUGCGUCCUUGGAGAUGUGCGAAGGCGGGAGAACCUUCGGGCUCUGGGAGGCAACGUGCAGCUCUGCACGUUACUACGCGAGGACGUCGACGUGCUCCUGGACUCUUACCCGCACAUGCAGCGGCUUCUGCACGACUCGUACUACAAGCGCAAGGAGCUGUUUAAGCGGUUCGAGCAGGCCAGGACGACACAGCCAAAGCUCACGAUGAACGAGUUCAUCUCGUCACAGAGGGGCUUGAUGUCGCCGCUGUCGAAGAAGCGGAUCCUGGGCGAAGACGCGCCCGCCCCCGCGGAGGACACCGGCGGCGACGAGGACACCGUCGGUGACCUCCCGCCGUCCAAGCCGCCCCCGGGGAGAUCUCUCCAGAGGCUCGAGUCAUGGAACGUCAAGAAGGGUCAGGAGGCUAAGAGCGAGUUCCUCUCCGAGACGGAGCUCGAGGCUCAGGCGAGCAUCCAGGCCAAGAUGGACCCCACGCUGAGCUUCGUGCUCUCAGAGGAGGGCGAGCGCGAGAAGGCUGACCACAUGGAGACCUUCAGGUCGUCCAAGGCUGGCGGGGGGGGCUGGGCGGCGGCGGAGGGCAAAGCCCUCGCGCGAAGAGUUCGGGAGGUGGAGGAGACCCAACGACGGAUGGAGGGAAAGGUUGACCAGCUCGUGGCGUUGCUCACCGAGAGGAUGGCCGCAGAGGGCACGCCGAUGCGAGGGGAGCAGAGCAGAGCAGAGGUGACCCCGGAGAGAAGGGGCGCGGGCGCGAGCGCGGCUCCCGUCGACGACAUGACCCCCCGGCUCUAA